AUGGUUGCCGGCAGGGGGAGGGGCAGACCCCUCGGUUCCACAAAGAAAAAAGCUCAAAGCAACCACCUCGAGCAUCUUCCCCUAAUCCUGAGCAGCGCUCCUUCGUCUUCCGCCAAGAAACGUGGUCGACCCCCAAAAUCUAUUGCCAAGGAAAGUAAGAAAAAAAACGACGACCAGCAACACCCCUCUCCAGUCAUCCUGAGUGGCGCCGCCAACCUCAGCUCCUCUACCAAGAAAUGUAAGAAAAAUCCCCAAAACGACCGCCACGAGCAUCUCUCCCAACUAACCCCUCUUCUCGCCUCGGCUAUCACCGCCGCCCAUAACUUCCUCGUCCAGAACGAUCUUCAUCUACACCCUUCCCAGACCCUAACCCUAGAAUCUCUAAUCGCAUCCUCUGCCGUCUCUCUCACCAAAUUCAAUUCUCUCGUCGAAACCCUAGUCCCUCCCGAAACCGUGAAAAGCCUAACCCCUCUCUCUUCCUUAUCCUCGUCUUCCUGCUGGUUCCAGCGCUUUCUUUAUGUUGCCUCCGACGACUCUGAUCCUCGUUGGAUCGAAGCCUUCCGAAUGUCCAAACCCUCUUUUACUCUCCUCCUUGAAACCCUAACUCGUUCCCUGGAGGACUCCGUCUCCACUUGCUCUCCCGAUUACACCCUCGGAGCUGCCCUUUUCCGCUUGGCUCACGCCGCUUCCUUCAAGUCUAUUGGGAGGAGAUUUGGGCUUGAUUCAGCCUCUGCUUGCCGUGCUUUCUAUACGGUCUGCAAGGCAGUUAACGAUCAAUUGUCGCAUUUGUUUGAUUUCCCCUCAGAUUUGGGUAGGAUAAUCGAGUCCUUUGGUUGGAUUUCGCUACCUAAUUGCUGUGGCGUUCUAGGGUUCAGCAGGUUUCCUAUCGAUGGAGGAGCGUUGGGGAAGAAAGAUGGAGCCAUAAUUGCGCAGGGUUUGGUGGAUGGGGAAGGGAGGUUCUUGGAUGUCUCCGCUGGUUGGCCGAGUUACAUGAGUCCAGACACAAUUCUCCGCAAGACGAAGCUGUUUCAACGAGUCGAGGAAUCGAAGGAGUUGUUGAAUGGGCCUGCGCUUGAGCUUGGCGAUGGCAAAUCAGCACCUCAGUACAUUCUGGGAGAUUCUUGUUUUCCUCUUCUUCCAUGGCUUCUUACACCUUUUCCAGAAUCAAACAUUGAUGAUGAGCUGAGUUCCUCGCAACAGUCAUUUAAUUCUGCUCAUAGCAGGGGAAUUGAAUUGGUUGAUAAGGCAUUUGGGCGGGUUAAGGGACGGUGGAAGCUUCUUUCAAUGAGGUGGAAAGAAGAAGGCAUGGAGUUCUUGCCAUUUGUGAUUGUUACUGCCUGUCUGCUUCAUAAUUUUCUGAUAAAAUGUAAAGAGUCUCUGCCAAAUGAAUGUAAAGAUUGGUCGAUGGACCAAAAGUUUCCUGUGUUUGAUGGGUUGGGGAAUGAGAAUGAGAGUGGGGAGAGGAUUAGAGAUUUCCUUGCGUCUCACUUGAUUCUGAUGACAGAGCAGAGAUGAUGGAGUUCAAUUGGCAGAGGCAGUUGAGUUGCAACUGUGUUU